GACAGAACGAGGGGACGCAACCUAGGCAGGCCGGAGCCGCUGCCGUCGCCAUGACCCGCGGUAACCAGCGCGAGCUCGCCCGCCAGAAGAAUAUGAAAAAGCAGAGCGACUCGGUUAAAGGAAAGCGCCGAGAUGACGGGCUUUCUGCUGCUGCCCGCAAGCAGAGGGACUCGGAGAUCAUGCAGCAGAAGCAGAAAAAAGCAAACGAGAAGAAGGAGGAACCCAAGUAGCUUUGUGGCUUCGUGUCCAACCCUCUUGCCCUUCGCCUGUGUGCCUGGAGCCAGUCCCACCACGCUCGCGUUUCCUUCUCUAGUGCUCACAGGUCCCACAGCACCGAUGGCAUUCCCUUUGCCCUGAGUCUGCAGCGGGUCCCUUUUGUGCUUCCUUCCCCUCAGGUAGCCCCUCUCCCCCUGGGCCACACCUCGGGGUGAGGGGGUUACUCCCUCCCAGUGUUUUUUAUUCCUGUGGGGCUCACCCCAAAGUAUUAAAAGUAGCUUUGUAAUUC